CUCCCCCUUCCUGCGGAAACCGCACCGCCCCCCCCGCGCGGUGUUGCCAAGAGCGGCCCUCUGGGCUGGCGAGGCCCGGGCCUGAUGCCGACCUUGGGACGCCGGGUGCCGGGCCGGGCCCGGCCUUCCUCUCCCUGCAGGCCGGGCGGGCUUCGAGCCCACGGCCCCACGCUACGCCCCGGGCAGCGCGGGCGCCAUGAGCGCUCCGUGACGGCUGGGGCCGGGCCGGGUCGGGUCGGGUCGGGCCGAGCUCCCCGCCACACCCCGCCACGCCGCCGCACCGCGGGUUGCCCAGUUCGGCUUGCCGCGGGUGUGCAGCGCAGCAGGAUGGCGCUGACGCUGCUGGAGCUAGCACACUGGAGCACCUGGGCCGUGUGCGCCGUGAUCAAGCUGCCGCAACUGGCAGCCGUGCUGGCGGCCGGGUCGGCGCGGGGGGUUAGCACGGGCAGCUUGCUGCUGGAGCUGGCCGGCUUCCUUGUGUUUCUGAGGUACCAGAUCUAUUACGGUUAUCCCCUGGAGACAUACCUGGAAUAUCCCAUCAUCAUUGCACAAGAUGUCAUUCUCCUUUUGUUUAUUCUGCAUUUCAAUGGAAACAAGAAACGAGCUUUGUUCUAUGCAGUCAUAUUCUGGGGGGGCUGGUACAUGAUAACACUUCGGAAGUGGAUAAUAGACCUGGCCUUGAAUUUGUGUACAUUCAUCAGUGCGGCCAGUAAGCUGGCUCAGCUGCAGUGUCUCUGGCAGACAAAAGAUUCUGGACAAGUCAGCGCCUUGACCUGGAGUAUGUCUGCAUAUACCUGCGCAACAAGGAUAUUUACAACCAUAGUGACUACAAAUGAUCUUGGGGUUCUCAUCCGUUUCAUAACCAUGCUCAUUCUCAAUAUUUGGGUCACAGCCACAGUCCUGCACUACAGGAAGACUAAAAAGACUGAUUAGAAGACACUCCUCAGCACAUACCACGGUUACCAUCAAAACCCUUGACACAGUUAAGGUUAAACAACAGAAGAAAGGUCGAGGAAGCUCCCUGUCUCUCUCUUAAGCCUGGUAUUCAUCCCUAAGCAUACUUAGUACAGUCAUGCUUGUUUUAGAAAUAAUUCUGCUAAGAUAGAUACUUAAUUUAAGCAGCAUAUUUUUAUUCGUCAUUUAAGACAAGCUUCACUGGUAUCACAUUUUCUAUGGGAUUUUUUACUAAAUGAACAAGGUAUUUCAUAUUUAGAUGUUUAUAUAUUCUCGUAUCACUUCAGUACUUCUGGUUACAUAUAUGCGAUUUUCUUCAAUUUUGCACCAACAUAGCAACUCAUCUUUCUUCAUCUGCUGUAUGAAAAACAACAGAUGUUUGUCUUCCUGCAAGCAACUCACUUAGUUUAACUAUCUGUAUUUUAGGAUGAAGAAAACUAAAGGCCAAAUCCAAAAUCAAGUUCUAAAUGUGUUUUGCUAAGUCACAAAUCCAGCUGGGACUGUUGUGCUUACAUGAAACACUUAAAUAGCAGUUUGUACAGCUGACACAGGAUAGCCAGCCACUUUCCUCAAUACACCCAGUUUUGAUUAGGAUAAGAGUAAAACCUCUGCUCUGAAUUCUAAUUUUUCAACCUGAGCUCUCUCAUUCACUGAACAUACGGUUUUGGGAACAGGAGAGACUAGAAUGUGUAGUAAUUAAUGAAAUUUUGAACAACAGUGUUAAAAACUGCAUUCAAACAGGAAUUCCUGAACCGAUGCCCAGACUCCCCAAAUGCAGUCCCUAUGGAGAGUGGCCUAGCCGCACGUGCACUUUUAGGUGCGCAGCAUUCAUUCCUCCCCAGUGGUUCACAGUUAAGAUACUCCUCUGUGCUCUGUCAGUUUUUAGCCUAAGUUUGCUGAAGAGCAUACAGGCUUCACUUACAUUUUUACUUUGCAGAUGCUAAUCAAUAUGCAUACUGGCACAGGUUGCCCAGAGAGGUGAUGGAUGUGAAUGUCUUCAUCCCUGGAGACAUUCAAGGCCAGGCCAGAUGUGGUUCCGGGCAACCUCAUCUAGUUGAAGAUGUCCCUGCUGAUUGCAGAGGGGGUGGACUAGAUGACCUCUGAAGGUCCCUUCUAACCCAAACUAUUCUAUGAUUCUGUGAUAUUUAAAAAGGUAAAA